GUCGAAUCUGACCGUCGAUUAUUUACUCGACAAUUCCAAAAAUCAGUGCCAUUCAUUGGCUUUAGCUUUGCCCUUGAACUUGAAAUCUCGUGCCUUAUUCUUUCCUGGGGACUGGUGUUGGAUAUUGAACGGGCGGAGUUACCGCCGGGAUGAUGGAUGAAGGAGAUGAUGGCCUAAACUUGGCUGCGCGCAUUCUCAUUUUCGCGUGGCCUGCCACUAGUGUUUCGCAGAUUCACAAAGGGUGUCACAGGCAUAGCUGGAGGAAGAAAGAUACGGACGCAGCGAAGCGCUCUCCUGCGCCCGCAUGCGCCGAGAUCCCACUGCUGUCAACGGAUGACACUGCAGCCCAGUCGCCAGCGACGGCGGCAGCUGCUGCUGCUGCUGCUUCGUCAGGAGAUGGGAACAGCUCACAAGGCGGCAAGCCACCUCCAUCACCGCCGUCCUGCCUGCUCUCGGACAUGGCCUGUCUCAGCUCGUAUGAGAUUGAUGGCUUGCGACGGCUGCUGGCCGAGCUGAACGUUUCCACGACGAUGGUGAGAGUGUGUCCCGAGGAGCUGGGGGAUCCUGGGGAGCUCAUGUCGACCGUGGAGAUUCUGUUGAACUAGUUUGAAAGCCGGUUUCGCGAGGACAAGGCCACUGGACAUUUUAUGCUCAUACCGGGAAUACAAUCUGAGAAUCUGCGUGUGUCGCCCGCACCAAUACCUGGCAACAUUGUGGAAAUAGUUGCAGUUGAAACAGAGAUUGUAUGCAAGUCCUCAGCUGCUACUGCAUCUCCAAGAAAGACAGCAGGUAUAUCAUCUCGUGACGACCACAUUGAAGUCUGAAUUUGAAGUGCGAAGAUGCUUCAGCAACCACAUCGUACUUUUCCAUUGCUUUCAUUGUGCUUCUACUGUGCAUGUGUGUAACUUGUGGGGUAUACAUGUGAUGACAUUGUAUGCUGGCGACACGGUCAGAUUUUGUCCAUGCGUGUAACGUACACCUGCAUGUUAUGCAUCGAAAAGGAUCUGCCACUUGCGAUCCUGGGACAAGUAUCAGGUCAGCUUUGUCUUGUGUGGGCUGUACCAGAUUGCUGUUCACUUUUCUAUCUGUUGGAUAUGUGACUUUCUGCAAGUCUCUGGUGUAUGGUGGCCACUUCUUUGCUUGUCACUUUGUAUGAUAUUACAUUCUGUAUUCGCUGCUUUCAUGGCGUGGUCUGCAAACUGCAAUCCUUGGGCAAAUGUCAUGUUUGCUAUAAUGUGCUUUGGCCGUCAGCUUGUCUACACGUUGUAGUUGAAUUAUUUUGUUCCACAACUGACUUCCUGAAGUACGGUGGCCACUGCUUUGCAUGGCAUUUUA